AUCAUAGACAUAGACAUUGCUUCGCGCAGCUUCUUCCUGUAUUCUCUCCUCUUCAAUAAUCAUUUUAAUAACCCAUCAACGUACUCUCUCUCUCUCUCUCUGUGUGUCUGCAUUACAAAAGUAAUUAUAAUCUCUCUGAGUUAUCAGACUUUUUCGUUCUGUUGCUCCCUCAUGGAAAACCUGAAGACACCCUUCAAGGGUGUAGUUAGUGAUAUCAGAGGAAGAGCAAAGUAUUACAAGGAAGAUUGGAUUUCUGGUAUCUGCUCGGGAAUCGGGAUAUUGGCUCCAACUACUUACAUCUUCUUUGCUUCUGCUCUUCCCGUGAUAGCCUUUGGUGAACAGAUCGAUAGAGAUACAGAUGGAAGCCUGAGCUCAGUAGAAACACUGGCAUCAACUGCAAUAUGUGGAAUAAUACACUCAAUUUUGGGAGGGCAGCCUCUGCUAAUACUGGGAGUUGCAGAACCCACAAUCAUCAUGUACAGUUACCUGUACAAUUUUGCCAAAGAUAGGGAUGCUUUGGGACCACAACUCUUCCUAGCUUGGGCUGGAUGGGUUUGCGUUUGGACAGCUCUGAUGUUGAUUCUUCUGGCAAUAUUCAACGCCGGUGCCAUUAUUAAUAGAUUCACCAGAAUCGCCGGCGAACUGUUUGGCAUGCUGAUCACAGUCUUGUUCGUUCAAGAGGCCAUCAAGGGAAUGGUGAGUGAGUUUAAGAUUCCCAAACACGAAGACCAAACAUUAGAGAAGUACAAAUUUCAGUGGCUAUACGCAAAUGGAAUAUUGGGAAUUAUAUUCUCCUUUGGCCUUCUCUUUUCUUCUCUCAAGACCAGAAAAGCUAGAUCAUGGUUGUACGCCACAGGGAAGUUAAGAAGUUUCUUGGCUGACUAUGGGGUUCCAUUAAUGGUGAUAGUCUGGUCAGCACUGUCCUACACAGUCCCAAGUAAACUUCCCACUGGAGUCCCUAGAAAGCUCUUUGCUCCUCUUGCUUGGGAAUCUGCUUCUUUACGCCAUUGGACAGUCAUCACAGACAUGGGGAGGGUUCCAGCUGCAUAUAUAUUUGGUGCUAUGAUUCCUGCGUUGAUGAUAGCAGGUCUGUACUUCUUUGAUCAUAGUGUUGCUUCUCAGUUGGCACAACAGAAGGAGUUCAAUCUCAAGAAACCUUCUGCUUAUCAUUAUGACGUCUUGCUGCUAGGAUUCAUGACUCUGCUUUGUGGGUUGCUUGGUUUACCACCUUCCAAUGGCGUUCUUCCUCAAUCCCCCAUGCACACUAAAAGCCUUGCUGUUCUCAAGAAACAGUUGAUUCGAAGGAAGAUGAUGGAAAGCGUGAAAGAAAGCAUGAGGCGCAAGGCAAGCAGCUCUGAGAUCUAUGGAAACUUGCAGCAAGUGUUCGUAGAAAUAGACAAAAGCCCAAUUAAUACAGUGGUGAAAGAACUAGAGGACCUGAAAGAAGCAGUCCUGAAAGAGGAAGAGAAAGAAUCAUUCGACCCAGCAAUACACAUUGACAAGCAUCUUCCCAUAAGAGUGAACGAGCAAAGAGUGAGCAAUCUCUUGCAAGCCAUAAUGGUCGGAGCAUCAGUGUUUGCCAUGCCUGUGAUAAAGAAGAUCCCAACUUCAGUUCUGUGGGGCUACUUCGCAUACAUGGCCAUUGACAGUCUUCCUGGAAACCAGUUCUGGGAAAGGAUAAUAUUCAUCUUCAUAUCUCCCAACAGACGAUACAGAGUGUAUGAAGGAGACCAUGCUUCGUUUGUAGAGACAGUGCCGAUCAGAGCCAUAGUGUGGUUCACACUGUUCCAGUUUGUGUAUCUGUUGGUUGUGUUUGGAGUGACUUGGAUUCCCAUAGCAGGAAUCUUGUUUCCUUUGCCUUUCUUUGUGUUGAUCGUACUAAGACAGUAUCUGCUUCCCAAGCUGUUCAAUCCUCGCCAUUUGAAGGAGCUCGAUGCUGCUGAGUAUGAAGAAAUUGCCGCUACACCAAGACUCUCAUUUCGUCUCUCUUCUUCCCAGGAUGCGGAUUCGGGAAGUAUGGGAUCAAGGGAAAUGGCUGAUGGAGAGAUAUUAGACGAGGCCACCACUGGUAGAGGAGAGUUGAAGCUCAGAUCAUUUAGCUUCAGAUCAGAUCAAGAUCAUCAGAGACAUGCCCACACACAUGCAUUGCAAGUGCGUCCUGAUGAAAUUGCAAGCGAAUCGGACUCCUAGAUUAAUGCAAAGCUUGUGCAAUGAAAAAUAGUGGAGUUUGAUAUUGUAGUUAAUUUUGCAAUUAUAUAUGUAAUAAUGAUGAUACUAAGAGUGGAACUUUUGGUGGUAUUUAGGUGGAGUUUUUAUGCUUGAGACGUAUUGUUCACACCUCGUAAACAGUGCACGUCUCUCUGUAAAUUUUAUGUUUUAUAUUAAUGUUAUGUAGUAUAGGUUUGAUGUAUCUUUGCCAAACAAUACAAGUUUGGUAAAAAUGAAUGACUUAGUCCAAGUGUAAAUUAAAACUGAGUGAUUUCGUUUAA